AUGGUGGAACAGAUGAGAAACAUAGUUUUGUUCACUCUUCUUUGUUCUAUACCAGUAGUAUAUCUCGCCGGCGGCAGUCAGCAUCAGCAUAACAAUGACUGUUCAAGAGGAUCAGAUACAUGGCAAACAUGUUAUGACUGCUACUGUAAUCAUCAUCAUUCGUCUGCAUGCAACCACUGUAGACAUUGUGAUAUACAAUGCCCUGAUAAAACCAACCCACCAAUCACUACUCAUGUUCCUUUAACUACAAUUGAGCCACAUACCAAACUAUGCGAUAUUGUGAAAAUAUUCGACGCUGUCGCAAGAAACCAGUUCAUCCACAAUUCAACAGCUGCAAUAUGUCAGAACGAUAAUGAACACCAUGAUAAUGAUGCUUUAGUUAUGACACUGUGCAACGCACCUGGCAGUGCAAAUUGGAUUGAAGGAGAACAGGUUCUGUUGAGUAGUGGUACAUGCUCACAAUCAGCUAAACCCUACACACCAAUAUUCUACCAUCUUGAAAAUGUAAGACGGGCAGGUAUACUUAUAGCAUGUGAUGGAAAUGAGAUCAGGUAUUUCCACCAGGAAUGCGAUACAACCCCAGUGGUGAAGCAUGUGAAUCCAACGCAAAUAGACAGAAUACACGUGCUGACAUGGAGUUAAACUUACAGAAUGUUUUCAAUAUGUCAGAUUUUAUUUCAUUAAC